AUGCCGUUCCCUGUGCUCCGUGCCCUUGCGACUGCCACCUUCUUCCUCCUACAGACCCAAACAGCCACCUCGUUCCCCCUCAUGCCCCGCGACAUCCAAUGGUCCUUUGACCUGUACCCAACACAAGCCUGCAACGGCACGGCCGACCCACACGCCGGCCACGGCAGCACUGGAUGUCGUGCGGACCUCAACAGCGUCGCCUCGGCGUACACCUUGAACACCGUCGCCGACGGCUGCCGCAUUGAAUUCUACGACAACACCAUGUGUGAUGGCAAUGAGCUUUCGGAUAUUGCAGGGCCCAUGACGAGUCCUGGGACGUGCCGGGUGCCGAACUUGCACCGGCGGUAUGCCUCGUACCAGGUUACUUGUGAGAAGGUGGAGGUGUGA